UGUUGAGGCAUCCAGGCGAACGGAGCUCUUGCCUUUUGUCUCACCAGCAGAGACACAGAAACGGAUUUUUUACAUCCCUCGUGCGCGGCCACUGCGAUGCGAUGGACAGAACACUAGCGUGAAGACCGGUGGCAGAAGACGCUAGAAAAAAAUAUAUAUAUAAAUAUAUAAAUUUAUAUAAAACACCUCGGUGAAGAGGGAUUAAAUGCGACAUGGGGGGCAGGUGAAUUGUUCAGUUGCGCGAAGGAGAAAGAGAGAGAGACAGCGGGUGAUGGAGCGAGGAAGGGAGGGCGGGAGACGCGCAGAAUGAAACAAUGAACCGUUAGGUGUUCGAUUAAAGAUCAAAGGCGAUGCAACGUUUUUUGCAACAAGAGCCGUUUCUGAGGAUCAAUGGCGAGGGGACGUGAGUGAAGAGGAGCGCAGACGAUCUCUCUGUCUCUUCAUGGCAGGCGGAAUGAUGUUGUGUUUGCGAUUCCACAGGAGUAAGUCGGUGUGGGCCGCCGUGUGUGUGCUCGUUCUCUGCUGGCUCUACAUCUUUCCAGUGUACAGGAUGCCAAACGAUAAAGACAUCGUGGAAGAAGUGCUGCGCCUGGGCCAGACGUGGACCAAGAACCAGACUGGCAUCAAUCUGUACAGGAAGCUGCUAACUGAAUGCUGUGACCCAAAGAGGACGUUUGCAUUAACCAAGGAGAAUUCACAGAUUGGCAAAGUCCUAUGGUAUGAUGGCGAGAUCUACCACUACCAUACAGUCAACAACGACACCUACCCCCUAUUCGUACAGGACAUUCCUUCCCAGUUACCGCUGAAGAAGUGCGUGGUUGUGGGUAAUGGAGGAGUUCUGAAGAACAGCGGGUGUGGCAAAGAAAUCGACCAGGCCGACUUCGUAAUGAGAUGUAACCUGCCCCCACUGUCCAAAGAAUACACUGAUGAUGUAGGCAAAAAGACCCAGCUGGUGACAGCAAAUCCCAGUAUUAUAGAGAAGAGUUUUCAGAGCCUGCUGUGGUCUCGCAAGACUUUUGUGGAGAGUAUGAAAGCCUAUGGCUCCAGCUACAUCUACAUGCCUGCCUUCUCCAUGAAGCCCGGCACGGACCUGUCCCUGCGUGCCUACCACGCGCUGUCUGAUUCGGCAUCCAACCAGACAGUGCUGUUUGCCAAUCCAGACUUCUUGAAGAACGUGGGACGCUUCUGGAAGCACCGCGGCGUACACGGCAGACGUCUAUCAACGGGCCUCUUCCUGGUGAGCCUGGCGCUCGGAGUGUGCGACGAGGUUACCGCGUUCGGCUUCUGGCCUUUUGCUCUGGACCUCGACCAGAGGCCUGUCAGUCACCACUAUUACGACAACGUGCUGCCUUCCUCUAGGUUCCACGCGAUGCCCGAGGAGUUCCUGCAGCUCUGGCAUCUCCACAAGAGCGGUACCCUAAGAUUGCGUCUGGGCCCCUGCGCUCACUAAAACACCACAUGGGGUAGUUGAAAAAAAAAAAAAAUAUCUGCCACCCACCCCCAAUCUUAUUCUUCGAAUUAGCAUAAGAAGAAAAGGCCCUGCAGCCCCUCCUCUAUCCCAAAACCCAGCAAACUGAUUCCACCCCUGGUGUCUACUUGAUCCUUGUGGGCAGACACUCAAUACCCCACCUACUACACAAAGCUAUUCAUACACACAGACAGACACCUACACACUUUCUUUUUGGUUGCUAAGGGACUGUCUCUGUGUUGCCAAGAGUGGUGUGAGAGUGUAGAGUGGGGUAGAGGCAUGGGUUGAUAUAAUACUGUAGCUGCAUUUACAGCAGCUGUUAUCUCAGAUUUUUUUUUUAUUAUUAUUAUUAUUAUUCUGUAACCUGAACAAGGGCAUGAGGAGGCAUGCGUGGAACAGGUCCUUAAAGACGGCUCGAGUGGGGAAAAGGAGCCACAAUGAGAAUAGCAGGAUUUUUUUGUCAAGAAAACCAACAGCCAUGACAAGAUCAAGUGGGGUUUGAUGAUGGCAAAAAAAUGGACAUAAGGAAAAGAGAACCUUUUUUUCUUUUUUUCUUUUAUUUAUGGUUACAACAUUCUAUAAAUAAAUUGUUUGUUUUUUUGUGCAAGAAUUAAAACAAAGGAAGGUAUUCUUUUUAUCUACUGAUUUUCUUUUUUGUUUUCUUUUCUUUGUUGUUUUUUUGGUGAUAUUCACAAUGUUGAACCUGAGGUCCUUAUUCCCACAAGACGGGAAACGUGAACGUUUGGGUGUGUAAUGAAUGUAUCGUCAAUGCACUGUUGUACAGCCUCAAUUUGAAUAUCAGUGGAUGUCUAAUUCCAGGAUAUCUGUGUAUUCAGGUGUUUGUGCAAUGCUUUGUUUCCUGAUCAUAUCGCUGUAUGCUUCACUCACCAUAUGGAACCGUUAUAAAAGCAGUAACUACACGCUUUCUCAUCAUCAGGAGCCAAAUGAAAUGAAAACGUCAAGCAUCAAGUACUUUUCAUUUUUGCAUUCGUAGUAUCAUCAGAGAAGGAUUUGAUUUUGUUGUUGGUUUGUUUUUUUUCCCAGUGGAGGUGAUGUGACUGUCUUUAUAUUUUCUGCGACCUCCAGUCUUUAGCAUCUUCUGUGUCUUGCUUUAAUAGUGUGAGUGAUUUGUUUUCCUACUUCAAGAAAAAAGAAAAAAAAUAAACCUGCUGUUGGUACUACUGGGGCAUUACUGCUGCCUCCGACUUGCUCGGGUGCUGGACACCUGGUCCUGGACUGCAGUCUGUACAUAAAUGUAAUGAUUCCUAUGAAUGUAAAAGCGAGUUUUGGACUAUAUAUAUAUAUAUAUAAUCAAGUUACCUGUUCCUAGCUAAAUACCCUGCAUUUUAUCUGGCUUCUUCAUAUCACGAGAAACACUAAAGAAAACAUCGACUUCGUAGGUCUUGUAGGAGCUAGUUUUGAUAUCUCCUAUUCAUACUGAAACCCUGUAUAGGUGUUGUUGUUUUUGGCUUUUUCUUAAUUGGUAUAUAUAUUUAUUUAUUUAGAGAGGGCUUGAAAGAAGGUGGUUAAAGUGUUAAGGCAGCAGCGCGGUUUAACACACUUCAUUAUCACUAAUCAUUAUCAUGACCACAAGAGCCGCUGACUUAAAGAAUGGCGUACAGUACAGUACAUACUCUGAUAUCGAUGCUUGGGGUUUGCUCAAGGCCAGGCACGUGUUUCAUCCUCACUGUCUCUAUUCCAUCUGUUCACAUUCCUUGAGAGGUCGAGUGCCUUUUUUUCAUGUGAAGGGGAAAGAAAAGGAAAAAAGAGACACCAGCAGCAGUAGGCAAGGCCUGCGUAUUGCUCUUGCCUUCACCUUGUUUUUUUUUUGGGGGGGUAAGGGUUGUUUGUUUCCUCAUUUUCAACUCAACCUGUUACUGGAAUAUUAAAGCAACGGGUGAUUUACGGAGUCUUAUCAGAAGGCUGGGACCAAGUUGAGGGUCCCCUUUUUUUUUUUUUUCAUUUGAAGGCAUGUCUUGUAUAAUUAUACCUGGGAAAAUCUUUUGGAAAAAAAGAAGAGAGCGGGCAUUUGAAUUUGUUAUUUGCACCUUUGUCCUGUUUAGUAUUGUGAAUGACUGAGACUAUAGCUUGUUUAGCAACCUGCAUGACUGUGGUAUGUGUAUUUGACUAGGAUACUGGAUUGGAGUUGUUUACUUGUUGAUGCUGGAAAGGAUGUUUUUUUUUUUUUCUUACCGAUUAUAAUUUUUUUUUGCCCCUUUGCUUUCUGAGCCAUUUGAAGCUGUGUACCCAAAGUGUUAAAGAGCUUACCUCAACCAUUUCUUCUCACUGGCGAUUCCCGACGAUGAUCUUAUGAAACAAAUACGAAAUCUACAUUGAGGCAAGAAUUACAAACCAGGCAUCUUUUACUGUUAUAGUUGUUGAGUAGGAUAUUAUUUGCCUUUUGUUCGUAUUUUGGCUUUAAAAGAAUCUAAUGUGUGUUAUUUAUCUAGUGGUGACAGUUUUAAAUAGACAAAAUCAGAAAGUCAAAAAAGGAACUGCAAAACUCUUGAUCAGUCAGUGAGGGUUUCUGUGUUUGAGCAUGUUAUACUCAUACGUUAAGAGGAAAAACAGCUUGCACUGAACAACUUUGUGUGUGUGUGUGUGAGAGCUGGGUUAUGCUAAGUGGAAAAAAAAAAAUCAACUAAGUAAUCUGUGUCAAAAAACGAUGGGAAAGAUUGUGAAAUCUUGUAAUAAAGUAACCUG